GUCCAAGGAGGCCGUCCCGGAAGGCGCGCGCCGCAACUCCAUGGAGCUGCAGCCGGCGCCGCCGGAGAAGGCCCCGGAGGAGGAAGCGGAGCCCAGCGUGCCCAAGCUGGCGGAGGCGCUGGUGAAGUACUUCGGGUCCCUGGGCCGUGCCUUCGAGCACUGGGACUUCGCCAAGAAAGGCAAGUUCACGCGCGCACAGUUCUAUGCUGGCUGCGCCAGUGUGAGGCUGAACUUUCGGCAGAUCUCUGGGGUCACGGAGCGUGACAUCUUCAAGCGGAUGGAGGAGGCAGAGGCGGAGGGGCCCAAGGAUUCCGUGACCCGGGAGAAGUGGGACAAAUUCUUCGAGGGGGUGCUGCAAGGUACGCAGG